AUGAAUGACGAGAAUCAAUCCUUGCAACAAGAAGAACUCUUUGCACUGACAUCAAUUUUUGGAACCGAUUCAUUUAAAGUUAACAAUAUCGAUGAAUUAGAAGAAUUCAAAUCUUAUUCUUUCAAAUUAUCUUUAGAAAAUGAAUCUACAUCUACUUUCCAGUCAAGUCGUUCAGAGAAUUCACUUACUUUGCAAUUCUAUCUUCCAAAAGAUUAUCCUACUUCGCAACCAACGUAUGAAAUAACAAGUCUAUACUGUGGAACUUUAAAGAUUGAUAAUAAAUUAAGAAAUGAGAUUGAUAAAAGAUUUAAAGAAUUAUUUGUUCCAGGUGAUGUGGUACUUUUUGAAUGGAUUGAAUUUUUAAGAGAGUUUAUGCAGCAAAAACUUGAACAGCAGCUUGAUAAAAAAAUACAAAGAGAAAUUAAAGAAGAAUUAAUAGUUGAUUAUAAAAUAAUAACAGAAGAGUAUGACGAACAAAAAUUUUUAGAUGAAUCCGCAGAUUUUUCUGUGAUAAAAUCAGGUGAACCGUUAGAACACAAAAAAUCUGUAUUUAUAGCUCAUUUGGCAUCAGUGCAUAACGUACAAGAGGUACAAAUUGUUAGAAAUACAUUAUUAUCAAAGAAAAAAAUUGCUAAAGCAACACAUAAUAUAAUGGCAUAUAGAAUUGUGCAAGAGAAUGGGGUGAUAUUACAAGAUAAUGAUGAUGAUGGGGAAACUGCAGCCGGUAGUAGGUUGCUUCAUUUAUUACAAAUUCUUGGUGUUAAAAAUGUAAUAGUAGUUGUUUCAAGAUGGUAUGGUGGUAUAAAGUUGGGACCAGAUCGGUUUAAAGAUAUAAAUAAUUGCGCGAGAGAUUUACUUGAUAAAUAUGGAUAUAUACAAAAUAGCAGUAAUAUCAAUCCGUCUGCAUCCAUGUUGUCAAAUAACAAAAGUGAAAGAACAAAAAAGGAUAAGAAAAAAUAG